UUUGAACUGAAAAGAAAACUAGCAUUCUCUUGAGUUCAUUUAAAAUUACAGCUUGGAGGUUAGUACGUUAUAGUAUUCACUCAACAAUCAGCUAAUGUUGAGCUUGUGAACAUAGCAAUACAUCUGAAAGCCAAUUCUAAUGACAGUCGAUUUACGUACCACAGAAAUACCAUUCAAAACGCCAUAUAUAAUUUUGCUUAGCUUAUGCCACCGAAUUCAAUAUACUUGUUCUUUAGUUUUAUUUCUGCGUUCUACUUUGUGUAGUUAGAAUGUAGUCGCGAUUAUCUAAUUGUUAUCUUUGCACAUUUGAAAACAUUUUUUUGUUUUUUUUUAAGAUGAAUUUUGGUAAAUGACGUCACAGUAAUCCCAGAAAAAAAAUGUUUCAAUUGAUAUAUUCACAAUAAGUAGUUAUUUUAUAUUCUUUUUCAGCUUUCAUAUUAUCCAAAAAGAAAAAAAUGUCCAGCAAAGUUUAAAUUUAGUGAGUGUCCAAUUUUUUCAUAUCCUUGCUUUACAUGAUUAUGUCUGUUCCGGACCAAAAUUUGAGCCCAAUUUUACUUUUGCCGACCAGUAACUCGACAAAUAAUACUAUCUCAAACAUAACUACUAAUGGUUUUGCAUCAAGCCACUUCGAUCAUAACCCCCCAUCUGCUGAAAAUUUUCUGAGCAGUCCAAAUGACUUACUCGCAUCUGCUCGAUUGACUGGAAACAGUUUGAACGAACAUUACGAGCAAUUAUCCGUCGGAAGUUCCGGAAGCUCCUCGUCCAGUACUGGCGUCACUGCUACUGUGAGAAAUUGGGCUAUCUCGGACUCCCCAGGUUUCGGGGGGUUGUCGGGGACACAACCGGGACCCUGUCCUAUUUGCGGCGAUGUCGUGUCAGGAUAUCACUACGGAAUCGACAGCUGUGAGAGUUGCAAAGGGUUCUUCAGACGUAACAUACAACUCCGCCAGUCCCUCUCCUGCAGACUGUCUGGUCACUGUGACGUCACCAAAGAGUCCAGACGGAACUGUCCCGCUUGCAGGAUGAGAAAGUGCAUAGCUAAGGGCAUGCAGGCUACCUGUGUGCGUCUUAAUCGUCGACGUGGAGGGUGUGAAAAACGGACGAAACCAGACAAAACCAUAUUAGCCAGAGCCAAAACCCAACACAAAAACUCAACACAAAACACAAAAGCUGCAAUAAGGGAAGUACAACCCAUAUCUCUUUUCAACCGAUCGUGCCUCUAUUCCUACUUGCAAUUUGUCGCCCCCUCGCGACUGUACCGACAAUCACAAACGAACUACUUCUCGGAUAUGCUGACACGAGAUCGAUUGUCUAGCUCGUUUGAAGCCGGUCAUGGUCUUAUUGUGGAGACUUUCUCGCACCUGCCGUAUGUUGAAUGCAACACACUUUGGGCCAAAAAAGUGAUGGCCAGCUUCCCACAACUAGCUAAUUCAGUUCGUCUGUCGUGUCUAGUGAACAAUUGGCUCACGCUUUCUUUUUUCGACUACCUCGUUGCCCAUUGCUACUUUCAGAACGACAUCCUACAAACCACACCAACAGAAAAACACUCGUCCAGUCAUCUGUCAAGACAUCCUGAGGAGUCGUCAUCUAUGCCUCGCGAUGUUGACGCAGGAAUCGAAAGUGAAUGGGGCUCAUCGCGAGGAGUUGUUGGACCAGAUGAGCUAUCUGCAAAUGGACUGUAUCUGAAUUCCUUAGUGAAGCGGGCCCAAUCAUCUAACCCGGAAGAAACAGACCGUAGCGGUUCUACGAGUAACUUCGGCUCCGCUACUCUGCCCUUUAUCUCCACUACCAUUUCUCUUCUCCUUCUGGACUCAAUUGAAGUGGCCAUUUGCAGACUCAUUCUACUACUAUCCACUUACAUGAAUCCGAGCCUAGCCCUGCAAUCAAGUCCACUGCAACCUGGUUCUCUUCACGAAUGUCAACUCACAACGCUAUCAGAGUUGGAAAAUUAUUGCAAACUUAGAACAAGAACUGCCACUAAAACAUCUUUUUCAGCAAGAAGUUUAUCUUACAAUUCAGACCGAAGCAACCCCGGUUCGAUUCCCAGCCCCGACCUCUGCAAAAAACUCAGUGACUCAACUUUAAGCUCGCCUGAACAAAUUUUAUCAAGCUUUGUUCCAACAAAAACAAGCGAGUCUCAAAUGAAACUUCUAGACACGAGUGAUCGAUUUGGUUCAAUUUAUCUUCUACUUACAGAUAUUGAGAGAUAUGUCGCAGACAAUAUGACCAACAAAUCAAACAAACUAUUGUCGCUAUUGAUUGAAAACUGCUCCUCUAAAGAAAUCAUUACAAGAACUUUUUACAACACUUUCGAUUAA